AUGACUUGCACUGGGGUUUGUCACAGCUGGUCUAAACAUGCCACCCUUAUAAACAAUUGUUAUCCAAAUGGUCCGAACGAGUUGAAUCCAAAGUCAAGCGAACUCUCAUAUCUUGUAUUUUAUGCAAGUUCAAAGCCCGCAAAACUCACAAAAUGUGGUGCCCAUUUAGAAAAAAGAGUUGCUAGCGAUGUUAAAAAACAUAAAAAGCAAGAUACAGAUGUUUCCUUACAAAUUAUUUCAAAGUUAUUAGGCUCUUGUAAAAAAGAUUUAAAUCUAUUUUCAAAGAAUGUAGUCAAAAUCAUUGCUGCCUCUUUAAGUACAAAAGAUAUUGAUCUAUGGUAA